AUGGCAGGUCUCGAAGAUAAAUGCGUCUCUCUCCGGGCACAGAUUGCUGCCACUGAAGCACAGCUAGCUGAGCUAAAGCAAGAUCUCGCCAAUACCGAACAUGCGGCUGCUGAGAGUUUCAAUCGCUGGCCAUUGUUACCGGAGGAGUAUCGACGAUAUGGACGUCAGAUGAUCGUGCCCCAGAUUGGUCUACCGGGUCAACUGAAACUCCGAUCGGCAAAAGUCUUACUUGUCGGCGCAGGUGGACUUGGAUGUCCAGCUGCCCAGUAUCUUGCCGGAGCUGGCAUUGGCACUAUUGGUCUGAUAGAUGGGGAUACGGUUGAGAUCUCAAAUCUGCAUCGCCAAGUCCUACACCGAAGCCAUAAUGUCGGCAAGUACAAGGUGGAUAGCGCUAUUGAAUCACUUCGAGAACUCAAUCCUCAUCCAACAUAUAUCGCGCAUCGAAAGCACCUUACGCCCGAAGAAGCACCAGCGAUUUUCGAAAAAUAUGAUAUCAUCCUUGAUUGCACGGAUAACCCCGCAACACGAUACCUUAUCUCCGAUACAUCUGUGCUCACUGGUAAACCAUUGGUUUCUGCAUCUGCUCUAAAAACCGAGGGCCAGCUGAUAGUACUGAAUAACCCGCCUCUGCCACCAGGUGAUAAAGCUGGAGGACCGUGUUAUCGCUGCGUUUUUCCAAAGCCACCGCCAGCCGAUAGCGUUGUCAGCUGUGCCGAUGGCGGUAUAGUGGGUCCAGUAGUUGGUACUAUGGGUGUUUUGCAGGCGCUGGAAGCGAUCAAAGUUAUCACAUCAAGCACUGAGGGGACAGUUGGCUCUUCACCCACGCGGGAUCAGCCAUCUCUGCAUAUCUUUUCCGCAUACUCUUCUCCCCUUUUCCGUACGAUACGUCUUCGUUCUCGGCGAAAAGACUGUGCCGCUUGCUCCGCCGAUGCAACCGUCACAAUUAACUCGAUUCAAUCAGGAUUAACUGAUUACAUCUUCUUUUGUGGCUCGGCGAACCUCCCGAAUGUCCUAGGACCAGAUGAACGCAUUUCUCCACGGGAGUAUCGAGAAAAGCAUCCUCAGCCUACCUCACAAGGAGAUUGGCUAACUGACUCGGUCAGUGAAGGCUCACAUACUAUUCUGGAUGUCCGAGAUAGGGCACAGUUUGGAAUAUGUAACCUAGACAACAGUAUCAACAUUCCAAUCUCAAACUUUCUGGCCUCACCAAUUUCCGCUGGCGAUCAUUCUUCACCUCAAAAUACUCCUUCUUGGCUCCCUUCAAAUCUUACUGACUCCAACGAUCCAAUCUAUGUGGUCUGUCGUCUAGGGAACGACUCACAAAUCGCCGUUAAGAAAUUGAAAGAUCUGGGAUUGGAUCGAAAUGGACAGAGAUUUAUUGGAGAUAUUCGAGGGGGACUCCGCGCAUGGCGAGAACAGAUAGACCCCGAGUGGCCGGAGUACUGA